AUUGUAUAUAAACAUGUCACAAGACGCAGAUAAGUUAAUUUUAUAAAUCCACACAUAGGGAUUUCAACAGCCAAGAAUUCACUUGGAGUAUCAAGGAUGAACGUUCUUAUUGUUUUAAGUUGUGUUGUAGCCUGCUGUUAUGGCUCUGGAGUUCCCGGUGGCUACUCCAAGGCCGACAUAUCCGACCCCGAAAUUAUAGGAUAUGCCAAUUUUUUUGUCUCUCAGUACAAUCUAAGGACUAAGGCCCAAGGAGGAAAUGCUGCAGAAUACACAAACGUUCAACUCGUGUCAGCUAACCAGCAGGUUGUUUCCGGCAUGAACUAUGACCUUCACUUGAGGAUGUCAAAUGGAGCAGUAACGCAAAUGUGUGAUGUGGUCAUUUACGUCCAACCUUGGACCAACACCAAGCGUGUUGAUACCCAGGUUUGCCACCCUGUCACCAAAAGAGCUGGAGGAUAUGAGGAACAUUCUGUAGAUGCUGAAGUCAUGAUGAUGGCCAACUUUGCUCUGAACAAAAUGAAUGUGCUACUUAAACAAUCCAAUAGUUUGGUCAGAGUUGUAUCUGCUAGUACCCAGGUUGUUGCCGGUACAAACUACAAGUUAAGACUGGAACUUGAUCAGAAUAAAUUCUGUGAUGUUGUGGUAUUCAACCAACCCUGGACCCAAACGACCCAGCUGACCAGUAACUCGUGUGACUCAACCAAGAGACAGCUGGGUGCCCCCCAUGCUAUCAGCAGCAGUGACAUACAUGUUCAGGAAGUUUUCACCCAAGCCAUCGAAUUGGCCAACGGAAUGUCCAACAACAUGUACCGAUUGUCUGCUGUUUCCAUUCAACAUGUUACCAAGCAGGUUGUUGCUGGUAUGAAGUAUGAAUUUGACAUGAUGAUGGGAGAAUCUUCCUGCAGGAAUAACGGAGAAAGCAAGGGGCUGACCGCUGUCAAUUGUCCAGUUAAAAGUGGAGGAAUGUCUACAACAUUCCAUGUUGUUGGCAUCUGGCAAUCGUGGACGACCCCAGAAUACCACGUCACAGUCACUCCAGUGGUAGAUAAUGGGGUUGUGGACAAACCAAAGGAGACCCAACAGCUCUCUACCAUGGAAAAGUUCCUGUCCUUCAAGAGGAAACACAGCAAGGUCUAUUCUUCUAUGGCUGAGGAGAAGAAGAGAUACCGAAUAUUUGAGUCCAACAUGAAACUUGCGGCCAAGAUUCAGCAGACUGAGAGACCAGGAAGUACUGCUCGCUACGGUGCUACAAAGUUUGCAGAUCUUACAGAGAAAGAGUUCCGCCAGCAUGUCGGUUAUAAGUGGGACCUAAAGGGUAAUGUUGGUAUGCAGAAGGCAGAGAUCCCCCGAGGUACCACCCCAGAGGCCUUCGACUGGCGUGACCACAACGCUGUGACUGAAGUCAAGAACCAGGGCUCAUGCGGGUCCUGUUGGGCCUUUUCCACCACAGGAAAUAUUGAGGGCCAGUGGGCUAUCAAACAGGGCAAGCUUGUAUCCCUAUCUGAACAAGAACUGGUCGACUGUGAUAAGGUAGAUGAGGGUUGUAAUGGUGGACUGCCCAGUCAGGCCUACAAAGAAAUCAUCAGACUUGGUGGCCUAGAGACAGAAAAAGAAUACAAAUACGAAGGGGAAGAUGAGAAAUGUUUAUUCAACAGGUCCGAUGUCAGGGUGACCAUCAACUCGUCCGUAUCCAUCUCCAGUGACGAGAAAGAAAUGGCAGCUUGGCUGGCAAAGAAUGGACCAAUUUCUAUUGGCAUCAAUGCUUUUGCUAUGCAGUUCUACAUGGGAGGUAUUUCCCACCCCUGGAGUUUCUUCUGUAGCCCCAAGGAACUGGAUCACGGCGUUCUUAUUGUAGGAUAUGGUGUCCAGGAUGGUACACCCUACUGGGCCGUGAAGAACAGCUGGGGACCUGACUGGGGAGAAAAGGGUUACUACUUGGUGUACAGAGGAGGCGGUGUGUGCGGGCUCAACACCAUGUGUACCUCGUCGGUGAUUGACUAGAGUAACAACCAUCGGUGAAAAUGACAACGACCGUUGAAACAACCACUUAUAACUGUAUAACACGAGACUUUCACCUUGUAUUUACUUUCACAUUUUACUUUAGUACAGAAAAUCUCAAAAUUAUUUAUUCUGAAGACUAAACAUACUAUAGGUCAUAAACCUUUUUAACAGUGAAUAGUUGGUUAAGGCAUUAAAUGAUAAAAGAAAAGACCCAUAAACAGUUUUUUUGUUACUCAGUACCAUCUCGGGCAGCACAAUGCUAAUAUGACUCAUAGUAUUCAGCAUAAUAAUUUCUGGUUUAUUCAUGGAAUAAAAACAAAUUAAGAACUGUUAUAGUGGAUUUGUAAGACAAAUUGAUAACAUCACCAGCAUGUGUCGACUGUGUCGAGAAUUAAAAAAAAAAAAUGUCACAAUAUUACAUAUAUAUAAACGAGUCUUAUAAUCUACACAGCAUAUUAUUCAUUUUUAAUGUACAUUAUUCAAAAUGAGAUUACUUAUUAAUGUGUAAAGAUUAAAUCACACAAAAUGUAUCCAUAAAAUAUACUUUACAUUCAGUUAGAAGACAUUUGAUAAUCUUCAAUGUCAUUUCAAAGAAUAGAUUAUGAAAUAGCUAUAAUUUUCACUUGGAUUUGAAUUUAAACUGAAGUAUUUAGUAUAUCCUUAAUGUUACGUUCAUAAAAAUAUGUUACGUAUCUUAACCCUUAAUUCAGCUGUGAUAAAAUUUGAUGGUAUUUGUACUUACCUUAAUUUUAAGAGGAGCACUAAUGUUUGACGAGUGUAUAUUAUUUUGUUCCUCUAUAAGUAAAGUUUUAUACUUUUCCUGUCAUCGACAGUUUAUACAUGUAGUCGUAAUAAAGAUAUUAAAAUUAUACAAUACAAAUUUAUUUCAAGAUUACAUUAUUUUAUAUAUGUAGUAUAUCAUUGUUCGCACAAAAAGGAUUUGUUUUUUAGUUUAACCGUUUGUGCCUGGUAUAUACAGUAAUUAUGUUUUGCAGACUUUCUCUAUAAGAUGUAAAUAUUAUUAUGCAACUGAUAUCACUACGGUUUUUGUACUUUUUUUCAAGUUUCAUUGAUAUUAAAAAAUGAAAAAGUUUCAAGAUCUGAAAAAAAAAUCUCAAACGGAGAAUGAAUUUUACAUCAUUUUAUUACUGAAGUUUACAUAAAUUAUGUCAUUGAUAUUUUACUAAGAAGUGUUUGCUUCCUGUUUUAACCUUUUUGUCAGAUUGUUUACGCUUACCACAAACAAAUACAAAUGAUAUAAUAAUGUUAAUUGAGACCGAUCACAAAAAAUAAAAUAUUUAGAAACCGAUUAUAAACAUGUUUUCUGGUUUGAUAUUACAUUCCAACAUGAUUCUGUGAUUUUUUCUUUUAAUGAUCUGCAUGUUCUUAUGAUGAUGUUAAUGUUUUGGUUGUAGAUGGAAUGUGUAUUUUUAAAUGGAAAUUCCAAAAAUAAAAUAAAACAUUUGUACAGAAA